AUGCAAUGGGGCUCAUGGGACUUUCCUGGUUUAGACGGUGAAAGCCAGAAUUUGGAAGCACCAGUGGGUGCGGAUGCAGCUGGAAAGUACGAGCAGGAGCUUGUACACCAAAAACCAAGUGCUGAACGUUCAUAUUCUUCAGUCGUUAGUAACACGAGUGCUUCCCUUCCUCAGAAGAAGUGGAGCUCUCUAUUCAAAACUUCAACCACUUUUGAUACCUUAAAAGAAAAUGAAGAGGAUAGUACUCUAGCUUCAGAGUUAACAGCUCCUCAUUCUGAUCACAACAUGGAAUGGGUGUCUCCAUGUGAUGCACCUUAUCCAGACACAGAAAACCAGCUUUUGGAAGCUCAUGCAGAUGAGUCGGUUGUAGAGAAACAUGAUAAUGAACUUAUAGGCUUGAAAUCAGAUUGUAAAUAUUCGUACACUUCUUCUCCUCUGACAGAAGCAACUGGUUCUGUUCCAUCGGCCACUUCAUUUGAAACUCUACCCUCUGCUGGUACAAGACAGGAAGAAGAAUAUCCUAAGAGGGUGGAAUCAGAUUUGAAUCUUCUACAUUCAGAUGAGUCCAAUAUGGGAUGGGAAUCAUUAGCUACACUUCAUUUGGAUGGAGAAAGCCAGACUUCCGAUACAGAGUCUGUUAUAGAUAAGUUGAUUCAGCAAGGUGAAGCAUUGAAGGCAUCUCAACUGAAACAAAUUCGGAAAAUCAGCUCUCUGGAGCAGAAGCGGGUAUGA